CUCUACCUCGCUCUAUAUAUGGCACCUCAGUUCGAUUCCUUGCUGACCAUCUCUCUCUGUACUGCUGUGGGGAUUCAACUCUCUCUCAGAUAUUCAUUUACAUAUAUCAUCAUGGCUCCAGCAGCAGCAACAGCAUCUGCAGAUUCUGUAAAGCCUAGAGAUGUUUGUAUUGUGGGUGUUGCACGUACACCAAUGGGUGGAUUUCUUGGUUCUCUUUCGUCUUUACCAGCCACCAAGCUUGGAUCUAUAGCUAUUGGCAGUGCUCUUAAAAGGGCUCAUGUUGAUCCGUCACUUGUCCAAGAAGUUUUCUUUGGGAAUGUCCUCAGUGCCAAUUUGGGGCAGGCUCCAGCUAGGCAAGCGGCAUUAGGUGCAGGAAUACCUAAUUCAGUGGUUUGUACCACCAUUAACAAAGUUUGUGCAUCAGGGAUGAAAGCAACUAUGCUUGCAGCACAGAGUAUCCAGUUGGGCAUCAAUGAUGUAGUUGUAGCUGGUGGCAUGGAAAGCAUGUCCAAUGUCCCUAAAUACCUAGCGGAAGCAAGGAAGGGAUCUCGACUUGGACAUGAUUCUCUUGUUGAUGGUAUGUUGAAAGAUGGAUUGUGGGAUGUUUAUAACGAUUAUGGAAUGGGAGUUUGUGCUGAAUUAUGUGCAGAACAACAUAAAGUAACAAGAGAAGAGCAGGAUGAUUAUGCCGUUCAGAGCUUUGAGCGUGGUAUUGCAGCUCAAGAUUCUGGUGCCUUUGCAUGGGAAAUAGUUCCGGUUGAAGUUUCUGGAGGAAGAGGAAAACCGUCAACAAUUGUUGAUAAGGAUGAGGGUCUUGGAAAGUUUGAUGCUGGAAAGUUGAGGAAGCUCCGACCGAGUUUCAAGGAGACUGGAGGUUCUGUCACUGCUGGCAAUGCUUCUAGCAUAAGUGAUGGUGCUGCUGCUUUAGUCUUAGUGAGUGGAGAGACAGCACUUAAGCUUGGGUUGCAUGUGAUUGGAAAGAUCACAGGAUAUGCUGAUGCUGCCCAGGCACCAGAACUAUUUACAACUGCUCCAGCCCUUGCAAUACCAAAAGCUAUUUCAAAUGCUGGCUUGGAGGCUUCUCAAGUUGAUUAUUAUGAAAUUAAUGAAGCCUUUGCAGUUGUCUCCCUUUCAAAUAUGAAACUUCUGGGACUUAAUCCAGAAAAAGUAAAUGUACAUGGUGGAGCUGUAUCUUUGGGCCAUCCUCUCGGUUGCAGUGGUGCCCGUAUCUUGGUCACGCUUUUGGGGGUACUGAAGCAGAAGAAUGGCAAAUAUGGAGUUGGCGGUGUUUGCAAUGGAGGAGGAGGUGCAUCAGCCCUGGUUGUGGAGCUCCUGUAAUUCUUUUUUAUGUUUGGCCAAUUAUGACGGUAGAGCUCGCAAAAGAUUAAUCUCUAUCGUUUUCGAAGGUAGAUGAUGUGCAAUUUUCGCUCCAUUUCUUAUCGAUUUUUGUUUUCUUUCUCCAAUAAAUGAAAGAUGUAGUCAGAUUAAAGAAUAAGAAUAUAAUUCCAAUACUUUCCCUGAAGUC